GAUUUGUGGUGGGCCAAGCUGGAUUAUACCAAUCCCUCGGGAUGUUCGUGGUAGCGUACUUCAUCAUUGGCAUGACGGUCCUGUCGGUGUGCGCCAUCUCUACCAACGGGGCCUUGGAUGCUGGCGGUGCUUAUUACAUGAUCAGCCGGGCACUGGGCCCUGAGUUCGGGGGCAGCAUCGGGAUCAUGUUCUUCUUGGCCAACGUUUGCGGCAGCGCCCUCUACGUCUUGGGGCUGGUGGAAGCCGUCGUAGAUGACUUCGGAGCCCUGGCGGAGGGCAACGCGAGUAGCCGAGUCCACAUCCUCCCGAGCGGCUACUGGUUCGAGGUGCUCUACGGGACCGUCAUCCUGCUCCUCUGCCUCCUCGUCUGCCUGGUGGGCGCCGACAUCUACGCCAAAGCCACCUUCCUCAUCUUCGUCAUCGUCAUGGGGGUCCUGGCCACCGUCUGCCUCAGUUUCGUCGUGGUGGGUCCCCGCGCCGUGCAGCUGCCCGGCGGCGAGGGCAACGGGACGGGCUUCGUCAAUGCCUCCUUCACCGGCUUCAGCCUCCACACCCUUCGGGGCAACCUCGAAGCCGGUUACACCGUGGAUUACACGACUGGGCGCAUGAUGAGUUUCACCACCGUCUUCGCUGUCAUGUUCAAUGGCUGCACGGGCAUCAUGGCCGGCUCCAACAUGUCUGGGGACCUGAAGCGGCCCAGCUACUCCAUCCCCCGGGGCACCAUCAUCGCCGUCAUCUUCACCUACGUCGUGUACAACUUUCUGGCUGUCCUGUUGAGCUGCACCUGUGAGAGGCGCCUCCUCCAGCGGGACUACGGCUUCCUGAAGGACAUCAACAUCUGGUCGCCCUUGGUCACCAUCGGCGUCUACUGCUCCACCCUCUCGGCCGCCAUGAGUAACCUCAUCGGUGCCUCCCGGAUCCUGUACGCCUUGGCCAAGGACGAUCUCUUUGGCAAAGUUCUAGUCCCGGCGAAGCGGACGUCCUCUGCUGGAAACCCGUGGGUGGCCGUGGUGUUCUCCUGGCUGCUGGUGCAGGUGGUGCUGUUCUCAGGAAAGCUGAACACCAUCGCUGCCGUGGUGACCAUCUUCUUCCUCUUGGUCUACGCCACUGUGGAUUUGGCCUGUCUGGCGCUGGAAUGGGCCUCGGCUCCAAACUUCAG